CACACAGUGAAAAGUUGCUCCAGUACAUUUUCUGUACAUAGGUAUCAUUGAGCAAUAGUGAAAUCUAGAGAGCAGAAAAUAAACUCGUUUUUAUGGUAGUUUGGUGUACAUUUUUGUAUUGAUUUUUCCUGUUGGCCCUCAAGUUAUAUCAGAAUAGGAAAUGUCAGAAGUGUUAGUGGAUUUGCGAUGGUGGAUAUGUUUUGGAUAUUAAGAGGAGUUACUUGCAGUGUAUUCUACAAUAUAUAUCUGUAAUCAUGAUUGAGUCGGAAACUGCUAAGUUGUAUAAACUUAAGCGACUUGAGGAGAUCAGCAAAAUGACGUCGCUUUCACAGGAGGAGAUUAUCUCCAACACUAAAACAGUGAUACAGGGACUGGAUACCCUCAAAAAUGAACAUCACCAGAUUCUCAAUGGAUUAUUAACCACAAUGAAAACUAUAAAGAAAGAAAGUGCUGAUACUAAUUUGAUAGAAGAAAAAACAAACAUUCUGAAAAAGUCUCUGGAAACUAUAGAACUUGGUUUAAGUGAGGCACAGGUGAUGAUGGCAUUGUCACAGCACCAUGAACACGUAGAAGCUGAAAAACAAAAAUUACGUGCUAAAGUUCGGAGACUGUGCCAGGAAAAUGGCUGGUUAAGAGAUGAGCUAGAUGCAACACAACAGAAACUGCAAGUCAGUGAACAACGGGUAGCAAUAUUAGAGGAAGAAAAGAAACAUUUAGAGUUUAUGAAUGAAAUGAAGAAAUACGAUACAAAUGAAUCUCAGACUUCUGAAGGUGAGAAGGAGCAGGACAAGUCUGGAGAGAAUGCAUUAACUACAAGUACCAAUCUAGAACUGGGCUUCCCAGAGGAUGAUGAGGAAUCUAAUAAUCCUGAAGUUCUUUCACCGUCACAACCUAGUGCCAUGGCUCAGGCGGCAAGUGGAGGGUAUGAGAUCCCGGCACGAUUACGCACUCUACACAAUCUAGUCAUACAAUACGCCUCACAGGGUCGUUAUGAGGUUGCUGUACCUUUAUGUAAACAGGCCUUAGAGGAUUUAGAAAAAACAAGUGGGCAUGAUCAUCCAGAUGUGGCCACCAUGUUAAACAUUCUUGCCCUUGUAUACAGAGAUCAAGGGAAAUAUAAGGAAGCCGCCAAUUUAUUAAAUGAUGCCCUAGGUAUACGUGAAAAAACAUUAGGACCAGAUCACCCGGCUGUAGCCGCCACAUUAAAUAAUUUAGCUGUGUUAUAUGGUAAACGUGGAAAAUAUAAAGAGGCCGAACCUUUGUGUAAACGGGCAUUAGAAAUUAGAGAAAAGGUUUUAGGUGAAGAUCAUCCAGAUGUUGCUAAGCAACUAAAUAAUUUAGCUCUCCUUUGUCAAAAUCAAGGCAAAUAUGAGGAGGUUGAACAUUAUUAUACACGAGCAUUAAAAAUUUACCUGAAACAAUUAGGGCCAGAUGAUGCAAAUGUUGCAAAAACUAAAAAUAAUUUGGCUUCAGCGUUUUUAAAACAAGGAAAAUACAAGCAAGCUGAGGUUUUAUAUAAAGAAAUUUUAACUCGUGCACACGAAAAAGAAUUUGGAAAAGUUGGAGGUGAUAACAAGCCAAUCUGGAUGCAAGCAGAAGAGAGGGAAGAAAACAAGAAGUCAUCCAGUUUAGCACAAAAACUUCUGGGAAAAUACAAGGAUGGACAAAGUCCACCAGAGUAUGGAGCUUGGCAUAAAGCAACUAAAGUAGAUAGGCCUAGCUCAUCAGCAAGCAAUUCACCCCCUACAGUAACAACAACUCUAAAGAAUCUUGGUGCAUUGUACCGUCGUCAAGGCAAAUGUGCCGCAGCUGAUAUGUUAGAAGAGUGGGCCAUCCGCUCAAAGAAAAAUACUAGGGAAGUAUAUGUGAAAGAGGGCGUGGCGCUUGAUGUGGUCAGACAAGCCAAAGUUGCUGAAGUACUGGGCAGCGAGUACGCAAACCAAAACAAUAAAGAUUUCCGCCGUCGAUCAAACAGUCGUGAGCGAGUCCGUCGUGACUCCUCCGACAUAUAUGAUCGUGGGUAUGGGGAGGGAGACGAAGUGAGUAUAGAUAAAUCCUGGUCGGGGUUAUCUUCUUUUUUGCCUGGAAAACUUAAAAGAAGUGGCUCAUUGUCCAAAUUACGAGCUUCUAUAAGGCGGAGUAGUGCAAAACUCGUCCAGAAACUAAAAGGAAAGGCAGAUCCAGAAAAUGGAAGUUUACGCGAGGUAGAGAUGGAGUCAAUGGCUAUACAUCAAUCACGUUGGGAGUCAAACUUUUAUAGCAGAGGCCCUGAGCCUAGCUAUAUGUCAGGUCUUGGCUUUGGGGGUGCAACCAACAGCAUGAAAAGAGCAAGCUCCUUGUCAGUGCUCAACAUAAACAGUAAAGAUGAUAAAUUACAUCAAGAUUUUGCUGGAGGCGAAUUGGUGCGAGUUUCUUCAUGGGGUGAUUGGGAGGUUGUACAUUGUUCUAGCCAAUACAAAAAGGCCACUGGCAAACAAUAUACACAGGAUACCAGUAGCCAGGAAAGUCGAAGAUCCUUUGGUGAUUUAAGUGUUCGAGGACGGACAGCCAGCUCUGAUCAACUUGCUAAUCGACCAUUUUGACCAUGACUUUAGCUUAUUUACAUUACAAAUGUUGUUUUUUUAUAUACUAUGAUUCUUUGGAAUCGGUACCAAGAACAACCUUGUUAAACCUGUGACAGAGAAAUGUAUACUACAGAGAAACAAUCAACAUACGUGUGAAGACAGUUCAACAUUAACGUAGAUUGGUUUAAUUACAAACCUUUGUGCUUAAUUAUGUAAUUACUGUAAUGUGGCUAACAAGUGCUUUGUACACAGCAAUUUAAAGAGUACAUUUUUAGCUGAAUUUGUGUAACAUGCAUCAUUUAUUAGCUAUGUAAGACACGAUUGUACAUACAAAAAUAAGCAUAAGGGAGCUUAUUAUACAUAGAUGUGUGACGUAACUGCAUAACAAGAUUUUACAAAGUUGCUUUUGGUAUUGGUGUGUUGUGAUCUAAAAUUACUAAAUACAUGUUGAAAAUACAACAUUGUUUCCAUGGUUUAUAUUGUAACUUCUAUAAUUAUAUUAUGGAAAAACAGCUUCAGACUUUUAGGGGUUUUGUUAAGAUUUUCACAGUGAUUAAUUAAAUAGGCCUGUUCAAAGGUCUAGUAUAAUAAAUGGAAACUUUGUUCUAUUUUUAGCUUUGUGUUCAUAAAAUCCAAUUGUUACAUUACCAUUAUACGGGGAAAUGAAAUAUUUUAACAAAAUGUCUGUUAGAGUAUUAAGGGUAUUUAUGUCAACAUUGGAAUCAUUUUUUUAAUCAUAUAAAUGUACUGCUUUAGUCCAAGAAGAAGAAAGUAAAGAUAUCUCAUGAACAUACUGACUGACUGGCAAUCACUGAUAUCUUAGUCUUGUUUUAUGCAGGUUUGACAUCACACUGACAUAAAGUUGGUUAAAUGAUGACACGGAUCCUGUCACAACAUACCUUACUUGGCAAAUUAAGUUUUAAAAAAGGUUUUAGAAUACAUGAAAGCAAAAUAAUCCUAAUGUAGGUCCAUUUUAAAAGGUAAAUGAACAAUUUGAUUUACUGUCAUGAAAUUAUUAUAGCAAAUGUAGCAGUGUAACGUUUGAUCUUUGAAUUGUAUGAUUAAAAAAUCCCAGAGAAGUUGAGACAUGAAAAUACCUGUUAACAGGUAAAUAAUGGUGAAAAAAAGUGAAUAUACUAUGUGUUAAAUUGACAAAGAUUAGGUGAUUGUCAGUGAGUUUUUCAUAUUGCUUUAUCAAUCAUGAUGAUUAUAGAUUCACUCAAACAACAAUAAUAUUGUGGUCUCAAUAUUUUAAUUAUGUAUUGUACAUACUUUCUUAUGCUUAAUACUGCAUGCAAUCUGCUCAUUAUUUUUAUUACACAUUUUAAUAUAGCAUUGUUAACAACCAUGAUGGUAAAAAUUUAUUGAAUCUUGAACAUUUUGCAAACAAUACUGUUGGUCCUUUGUCUAAUAACACGGUGACAAAUGUUGAUAAAAUACUUAACAAUUAUAUUUGAUUUAUAUUAAUAUACAGUCCUGGUGGAUUAGCACAGUAAUACUAUAUACUAGUAUGUGUUGUAGAGAAAUACUAUGCAUCAAUAUACAAAUUUUUUCUUAAAAAGAGGAACCCUAGACCUUUACUUACCAAUGUUACAAUUGCAGAAUUUAAACAAAACAUUUUAGGCCAGUUGGUUUGAAAGUUUGACUUCAAGACAAAAUAGCUAUAUUGGUGUUACAACAUCAGUGAAAGUAGCUAAAUUCUGAAUAUUUGCCCCACCCGUUGUAUAUAAGUGCUGUGCUGAUUUAUCAGGACUUAUUAAUUAAUAACUUAUAGUAUAUAACAUUCCUAAUCAUCGGCUGUAAAUUCUCGUUCAUCAUGUUUGUUGCUGUAUAAUGUUUCAAUUCUACAAGUUUUAUGUACCCCCCUUUUUUUGUUGGCAUAUCAUCAGCAGAUAGUUAAGCACUGGUACAUGAAAAGUUAUGAGAAUAAAUUAAAUAAGGCUCAUGUCUAUGGGACACAGGUAGUGUUUGCAGUAACUAGGGUAUAAACGUUUGUUGUGUAAAAAAAAGAAAAGAUUUUUUUUAUCAUAACAAGAGUGUAAAUGUGUGGGAUGAUUAUAUAGAUGGAUGAUAUAUUUGACAUGGUGGUCAUCUUUUCAUGUGACAAUGCCUGACAUGUAGGAUUUACGCUGCCUUCAUAUUGACAAUGAUUUAUUUGUGCUUCUAUGAUAAAACUUUGUGCUUGCCAUUUGUGAUCAGUUUCUUUACAAUCAGGCCUCAGAUAUGCAUAUUUUAUGUUGAUUUGUUCUCAUCUAUAUUAAUAUAAUGUACAAAUGGGAAGAAUUGCAAUAGUCUGGGUAUGUAGUAUGAGUGGGUAAUUGUCUAGAUGUAUAGAUUACUGGUGAACAAAAUGCUAGAGCUUACCACAUGUCAUUUACAUAAUUUAUGUACCUCACUGUUGGGUAAUUUCGAUGUACAAAAUUUCUCUUUUUUUAACUUUUAAGCAGUUUAUUAUGUUACCAUUGAUUGUUAGUAGUUUUAAAUUUAUGAGCGCAGUUUGUUGAUGAUAGAUUUAUUAUGGAGUGACAACACAAGUAACAGUUGUAUGACUGAAAAUACCCAACACUGGUUAUAAUGGCUGUUAACUAGGCAUGUUAUUAGAUUGAAGCCUUAGACAUGGAUGAGUAUAUUUGUGUUAUUAAAGGUUAUUUACAUAUUUGGUAUUGCUGUGAUGCAUGUUCACUAUUUCCUAUGUCAUAUCUAGACUUUGUUGGGACAUGUAAUAACAAAUUAUCAUGGAACCAGGUAUGUAAAUAAUCUCUAUUAUUUUUCAUAGGAACACAGAAUGUUUGAGAAUUAGUAUAUAAUGUAAUGUAAAGAGUUAGUAUACUCACUUAACAAACAAAGGUUUGAACCAGAACAAAGAAUAAAAUGUAUGUAAGCAUGAUGCAAGCAUACAAAAUGGUAAUGGUACUAGGAACAUUGUACAGUUUAAUAUAUAUUAUAUAUAUCAUUUUGGAUAUAUUUUUUUCACCGCAAUGUGUGACUACUGUAUUUGCAAUUUUACAUAUGUGCAGAUGAUUUUUUUUAUUUCUUUAAAAUAACUGCUGAGUCUGAUGCUUAAGAAUUAUCUUGUAAAGAUUUUUAAGACUUGAUUUUUACAACAUUUUAAUGGUGAUAUAAAGAGAGCUUUUUUGACUCGUAAGAUAUUUAAAAUGAAAGCGUAAGUAUAAGUGGCAAUACCAUGUCACCAGUAUAGGGCCAGGCUAGCCUGUAUAUCAGUUACUGCUGGCUUAAAAUCCAUUUCAUUAUCAAUGGACUGUUAAAAUUCAAAGGGCUAUGAGUACAUUAAAUAAUUCAGCACUUACUUUAGAAACAUUCACAUUUUAAUUCUUUAAAUUGAUAGUAUAAAAGUUGAGAUUUUGUCCAGAAUUUUUCUAUAUGGUUGUAGUAUGAUAUAUUUGAUGUGACUUUAACAUGGCCUGUAAUAGAUUAUUGUGGCAUAUCCUUGCUUCUGUACAUUUUGCAUGCUGUAAAUCUCGCACAACUGUUAUUACACCAAUAUGUAUAUCAUUUAUCAUGUUAAAAGAAAAAAAAACAUUUAAGGAUUAUGUCUGUCUUUCAAUGUUUUAGACAUUAUUUACUGUAUAUUUUUAUUUGCAAUAUAAACAAAUGCUUGAGAUUGAAUGAUGUUAUUUGGCCGUUGCUUAUUUCUUUAUCAAGGUCAACUUAGAACUGUGGCAACACUUUUUAGAUGAUGAUUUUUUUACAUACACCAAGAAAGAACAACAAAUCUCUGGUUGUUGUUGUUUUUUUAAAUCUGAUAAAGUUCUUUUUUUUUUAAUCUGAUAAGGAAUUUUGAAAAUAUGUUAACAUACUUGUAUUAUAGGUGAAUAGAGCAUACCAUUUCUAAGGUAUGCCACAGUUUUAAUGCUGAUCAGCUGAUUUUUUCCCAGAUAUUUAUAUUAGAUGGGAAAAGUUGAAGACUGGAUAUUUGUUUCUAUAAAUCUUGUUGAAUCAUCAUAGGUUUAAACAGGAAGGUGUGGCUAUUGUUCUUACAGGCUGUCAAUAUAUAGAGUUUGAUUGAUAUGUCCUGCCAGUUAAUUUCUGUAUGAAAAUGUUAGUGAAUAAAAGGAAUUGACUGGAAAUAAUUAAAAUUUUGUUGGUAAUUGAAAUAAAUACAUCAUGCAGAAAUUGAAAAGCUUAGAUUUUAUUAUGCUUAGAUAGGCAUAGAAAUAUGUUAUAGUAAUAUUUUCAUUGUGGUAAGAUUCUGAAUGUCUGUCUACAGGCUAUUUUGAGUGAUGUAAUUUUAGCCAUGGGUUGUGUUUAUUUGAGCGGCAAAGGGGAAUAACUGCUAUAUAAACAAUUUGAGUGAUCAUUUCUUGUUGUGCCUAUGUUAUUUAUUAAAAUUAUCCAAAUAUCAUGUA